ACAACAAAAAAUAAAUUAAAAAAACACUGCCCCAGCCGUGUUUGACUACAGAAAGGACGCUAAAAGUCGCUCGACGAUCGAAUAACUGUUUUAUUUUGGGUGCGAUUUAUGUGAAAUUAUGUUGCGCACGAACUAAUCGUACAGUUGGUUGGUGGAAUUGGUAUUGUGAUUGUCCAACGCGUCAAGAUGUACAUCAAAUCGAUCAUUAUCGACGGGUUUAAAUCGUACGGCCGGCGUACGGAGGUGCAAGGAUUCGACCCCGAGUUUAACGCCAUCACGGGUCUCAAUGGAACGGGGAAAUCAAACAUUCUGGACUCGAUAUGCUUUGUGCUGGGUAUUUCGAAUCUGGUCCAUGUCCGAGCGACGUCACUGCAGGAUUUGGUGUACAAGAGCGGCCAGGCCGGCAUAACGAAAGCCACGGUAACGCUAAUAUUCGACAACUCGAACCCAAACCAGUGCCCGAUCGGGUUCGAGCACUGCAACGAGAUUGCCAUCACACGCCAGAUCGUGGUGGGAGGGAAGAACAAGUACCUGAUCAAUGGCAAAUCGGUGCAGAACAAGCGCGUUCAGGAUCUGUUCUGCUCGGUGCAGCUGAACGUAAACAACCCGAACUUCCUGAUCAUGCAGGGUCGAAUCACGAAGGUGCUGAACAUGAAGCCGCACGAAAUCCUAUCCAUGAUUGAGGAGGCGGCGGGGACGAGCAUGUACGAGGCAAAGCGUGACUCGGCGCUGAAGCUGAUCGAGAAGAAGGACGCCAAACUGAACGAGCUGUACGCCGUGAUCCGGGAGGAGAUCGAACCGAAGCUGGAGAAGCUUCGCAAGGAACGCGAACACUACAUCGAGUACCAGAAGGUCUGCCGUGACAUCGAAUACCUGACACGGCUGUACGUGUCAUUCAAGUAUCUGCAGCUUUGCAAGGGCGUGGAAGAGUCGGAGAAGACGAUCGCAAGCCUACAGUCGGUGAUUGACGAGAGUGAAAAGAAGAUCGAAACCAAUUGCGAAACGGCGACACAGCUUGAAGAGGAAGCGAAGCAGCUACAAGACCGCAUCGACACGGAAGGUGGUGGAGGGUUGCACGAGCUCGAAGAACAGUUAUCGGUGGAGAGCAAAAAGGAAGCGACGGUGUCCGCCGAACGAAACAACACCAAGGAAACCAUCGGCGUGGAACAGCGCAAGUUAAAGAAUCUCCAGAAAAGCAUCCGCGAUGACGAACAGGCAUUGGCAGGGAAGGAGGCGGAAAUGCAACGUCGUGGAGAAAGCUUCCAAGCACUCAAGGAUGCUUGCGAGGCGGACGCGAAUGCAUUUGCCACCGCCCAGAAGCGCUUCGAAGCGGUAACGGCCGGUCUUUCGACUAACGAAGACGGCGAGGCGGCCACGCUGCAGGAUCAGUUGAUUGCGGCCAAACAAAAAUCGGCCGAAGCGGCCACAACCGUCAAGCAGUCGGAGAUGGAGCUGAAGCACUCGCAGCAGGUCCUACGGGACAAGCAGCAGGACAUGAAUAGUAGCGACGCGGCCUACCUCGAGGACAAGCGGAAGCUAACGAAAGUCGAGGGUCAAAUCGGAGCGAUCGAGCGGGAUCUAACCGCGUCCGGCUACCAGGAGGGUACGAUGGAAAACUUGUCCACCCGCCGGCAAACACUCACUUCGGAGAUUCGUGGUCUGCGGUCGGAUUUGGAUCGACGAAAUGCGCACCGUUGGGAGCUACAGUAUCGUGAUCCUGAGCCGGGAUUCGAUCGAAGCGCCGUCAAGGGGAUGGUAGCGAAGUUGGUCACGGUGAAGGAUCCAAAGUAUGCGCAGGCCCUCGGUACCGUGGCUGGCGGAAACCUGUACUCCGUCAUAACCGACACGGACAUGACGAGUAAAAAGUUGCUCCAGAAAGGGCAGCUGCAAACGCGCACGACCAUGAUCCCGCUGAACAAGAUCACUUGCCGCGAGAUCGAUCCAUCGGUGGCACGCUUCGCCGAGGAGCUGGUGGGCAGGGAAAACGUAGCGACGGCUCUAUCGUGCAUCAGCUACGAUCCGGCGGUAGACAAAGCGAUGCGGUUUGCCUUCGGCCACUCGUUCAUUGUGAAAGAUUUGAACGUGGCAAAGCAGAUCACUUACCAUCCGCGAAUUAUGACGCGCUCGGUCACGCUCGAUGGCGAUGUGGUGGACCCGGGUGGUACGUUGUCCGGUGGUGCCCGGGCGAAGGGAAAUGCGGUGCUGUUGGAGGUGGCCGAGAUUAACAAACUACAAGUUCUGCUGCACCAGAAAGAAGCGGAACUUCGACAAAUUACUUCUGAAAUUGGGAAAAUUGAACAAACGGCCCAUCGGUUUACGCAGCUGAAAGAACAGCACGAUAUGCUAAACUACGAGUUGAACAAUUUAAAGCAGCGCCUUGCAAAGACGACCUUCCAGCAGACGCAAGAGGAAGUGGAGGAGCUCAAGAAAAAAAUUGAAACAUUGCAGCAAACGAUGGUAGAAGCACGGCAAACACAAACCCAGUGCAAUGCGAAGGUAAAAGAUCUGCAGGCGAAGCUCGCGGAUGGAAAGGGGCACCGAGAGCGCGAGCUGAAGGCGGCCGAGGACGACAUGAAGCGUACGAAAAAGAAAAGCGAAGAAAGUCGCAAGAACUGGAAAAAGCAUGAGCAGGACUUCGAGACGUUGAAGCUGGAAAUCGAAGAGCUGCAGAAGGGUAUUGUGACUUCGCAGGAGCAGGCGGCCAAGCUGGAGGAGCAGAUUGUGGCCUUGCAGCAGCGGCUGACGGAGGUGAGUGGAUCGAGCGAUGAAAUGACGGCGGCCGUGAACGCACUGAAGCAACGCAUCAAGGAGCACAAGGAAAAGAUGAACUCGCAGAACAAGGAGCUGAAGGGGAAGUACCACCAGCGAGACCGAUUGAUGAAACAGAACGACGAGCUGAAGCUGGAGAUAAAGAAGAAGGAGAACGAAAUCGCGAAGGUGAAGAACGAGAACAAGGACGGGUACGAUCGGAUCGCAUCGAUGGAGCACAAGUACACCUGGAUCCCGGAGGAUAAGGAGUUUUUCGGCGUGAAAAACACGCGCUACGACUACAACAAGGAGGACCCGCAGGAGGCUGGCCGGAAGCUGAAGAAGCUGCAGGACGCGAAGGACAAGAUGAGCCGCAACGUGAACCAGAAGGCGAUGGUGUUGCUCGAGCGCGAGGAGGAACAGUACAAAGAGGUGAUGCGCCGCAAGAAGGUGGUCGAGGACGACAAGAAAAAGAUUCAGGCCAUCAUCACCGAUCUGGACGAGGAGAAGAAGAAAAAGCUAAAGGUGGCAUGGGGCGAGGUGGACGAAAACUUUGGCAGCAUCUUCACCACGCUACUGCCGGGCACACAGGCCAAGCUGGUACCCCCGGACGGAAUCGACUUUAUGAAGGGGCUCGAGGUAAAGGUCGGCUUCAACGGCAUGUGGAAGGAGUCGCUAACCGAGCUGAGUGGCGGCCAACGAUCGCUUGUGGCCCUGUCGUUGAUUCUCGCCAUGCUGAAGUACAAACCUGCCCCGCUGUACAUCCUCGACGAGGUGGACGCGGCGCUCGAUCUGUCGCACACGCAAAACAUCGGCAACAUGCUGAAGGCGCAUUUUACAAACUCGCAAUUCAUCAUCGUCUCGCUCAAGGACGGUAUGUUCAACAACGCCAACGUGCUUUUCCGAACAAAGUUUAUCGAUGGCAUGUCCGGUGUCACACGUACGGUGAACGUGGCCAACCUAAAGAAGGCAGCCGGAUUUGCUGCUGCUGGUGCGGCGCGAGGCAGAUAAUGAACGACACUCUUGGCUGAGAGAUGAGUUAGUUUAAUGUUUUACAUAAUUAAUGUACGGUUUACAAACAAUUCGACCUUUUCUAUGGUUUACGUUUUUUUUAUUGAAAUCAAUCUGAUUAUUUGUACACCGGAACUCU